CCUCUCCCCCCCCCACCACCACCUCCCCCCCCCCCCAGCCACACCACCGCCACCGCCACCCGGCGCACGCCUGAGCAUCAUCUCCAAUCUCCCGGUAGUCUUUUCCUCCCGGGCCUCGAGGGAGCCCUCCUGUCCGUCCCACCAGGAUCCGUGGCGAGUGGGGGCCGCGGCAGCUGCGUCCCCAUGAGGAGGGGAGGAAGAUGCCGGCUGAGCUGCUGAUGUUGCUGAUAGCCGCCUUCGCCAGCCCCAGCUGCCAGGUGCUGUCGUCACUGCGCAUGGCUGCAAUCCUGGACGACCAGACUGUGUGUGGCCGGGGGGAGCGUCUGGCCCUGGCACUGGCUCGGGAGCAAAUCAACGGGAUCAUCGAGGUCCCAGCCAAGGCCCGAGUGGAAGUAGACAUCUUUGAGCUUCAGCGGGACAGCCAGUACGAGACCACGGACACCAUGUGUCAGAUCCUGCCCAAGGGGGUCGUGUCUGUCCUGGGGCCUUCCUCUAGCCCGGCAUCUGCCUCCACCGUGAGCCAUAUCUGUGGGGAGAAGGAGAUCCCCCACAUCAAGGUGGGUCCUGAGGAGACGCCCCGACUUCAGUACCUCCGCUUCGCCUCUGUCAGCCUGUAUCCCAGUAACGAGGACGUCAGCCUGGCUGUCUCCCGGAUCCUCAAGUCCUUCAACUAUCCCUCGGCCAGCCUCAUCUGUGCCAAGGCUGAGUGCCUGCUGCGAUUGGAAGAACUGGUCCGUGGCUUCCUCAUCUCCAAGGAGACGUUAUCAGUGAGGAUGCUGGAUGACAGCCGGGACCCCACACCAUUGCUCAAGGAGAUCCGAGACGACAAAGUGUCCACCAUCAUCAUCGAUGCCAACGCGUCCAUCUCCCACCUCGUCCUCCGUAAGGCCUCGGAGCUGGGAAUGACCUCGGCGUUUUACAAGUAUAUCCUCACCACCAUGGACUUCCCCAUCCUGCAUCUGGACGGGAUCGUCGAGGACUCUUCCAACAUCCUGGGCUUCUCCAUGUUCAACACCUCCCAUCCGUUCUACCCAGAGUUUGUGCGCAGCCUCAACAUGUCCUGGAGGGAGAACUGCGAAGCCAGCACGUACCCGGGCCCCGCGCUUUCAGCUGCCCUGAUGUUUGAUGCGGUGCACGUGGUGGUGAGCGCCGUCCGGGAGCUGAACCGCAGCCAGGAGAUCGGUGUCAAGCCGCUGGCCUGUACCUCGGCCAACAUUUGGCCUCACGGGACCAGCCUCAUGAACUAUCUGCGCAUGGUAGAGUAUGACGGGCUGACCGGGCGGGUCGAGUUCAACAGCAAAGGCCAGAGGACCAACUACACUCUGCGCAUCCUGGAGAAAUCCCGGCAGGGCCACCGCGAGAUAGGGGUGUGGUACUCCAACCGGACCUUGGCCAUGAACGCCACCACCCUGGACAUCAACCUCUCACAGACGCUGGCCAACAAGACGCUCGUGGUCACGACCAUCCUGGAGAACCCAUAUGUCAUGCGCAGGCCCAACUUCCAGGCGCUGUCGGGGAACGAGCGUUUCGAGGGCUUCUGCGUGGACAUGCUGCGGGAGCUGGCCGAGCUGCUGCGUUUCCGCUACCGCCUGCGCUUGGUGGAGGACGGCCUGUACGGGGCCCCGGAACCCAACGGCUCCUGGACGGGCAUGGUUGGCGAGCUCAUCAACCGGCAGAAGGCAGACCUGGCCGUGGCCGCCUUCACCAUCACAGCCGAACGCGAGAAAGUCAUCGACUUCUCCAAGCCCUUCAUGACGCUGGGGAUCAGCAUCCUGUACCGGGUGCACAUGGGCCGCAAGCCGGGCUACUUCUCCUUCCUGGAUCCCUUCUCCCCCGCGGUAUGGCUCUUCAUGCUCCUAGCCUACCUGGCCGUCAGCUGCGUGCUGUUCCUGGCUGCCAGGCUGAGCCCCUACGAGUGGUACAACCCGCACCCGUGCCUCAGAGCGCGCCCCGACAUCCUGGAGAACCAGUACACGCUGGGCAACAGCCUCUGGUUCCCCGUGGGCGGGUUCAUGCAGCAGGGCUCAGAGAUCAUGCCUCGGGCCCUGUCCACGCGCUGCGUCAGCGGAGUCUGGUGGGCCUUCACCCUCAUCAUCAUCUCCUCCUACACGGCCAAUCUGGCCGCCUUCCUCACGGUGCAGCGCAUGGAGGUACCCGUGGAGUCGGCCGAUGACCUGGCAGAUCAGACCAACAUCGAGUACGGCACCAUCCACGCCGGAUCCACCAUGACCUUCUUCCAGAACUCACGGUACCAGACGUACCAGCGGAUGUGGAACUACAUGCAGUCCAAGCAGCCCAGCGUGUUUGUGAAGAGCACGGAAGAGGGCAUCGCCCGGGUGCUCAACUCCCGCUAUGCCUUCCUGCUGGAGUCCACCAUGAACGAGUACCACCGGCGCCUCAACUGUAACCUCACCCAGAUCGGGGGGCUCCUCGACACCAAGGGCUACGGCAUUGGCAUGCCGCUGGGCUCCCCGUUCCGCGAUGAGAUCACCCUGGCCAUCCUGCAGCUGCAGGAGAACAACCGGCUGGAGAUCCUGAAACGCAAGUGGUGGGAGGGCGGCCGCUGCCCCAAGGAGGAAGACCACCGAGCUAAAGGCUUGGGCAUGGAGAACAUCGGAGGCAUUUUUGUCGUGCUCAUCUGUGGCCUCAUCAUCGCUGUCUUCAUGGCGGUCAUGGAAUUCAUCUGGUCCACGCGGAGGUCAGCAGAGUCCGAGGAGGCCCCUUAG